GUUGUCAUAUCUGGUUAGCUAGCCUGGCUAGCCGCUUGAUUUUCUCUCCGAAACACUUUGAACUAGCAGGAUGUCAGAAUGGAGUGUGGCCGAGUCUUGCCGGACAGCUUGGUGUUGGAGAUCUUUCUGUGUCUACCUCAUGAUGCAGUGCUAAGUGCUGGUCUGACCUGCAAACAGUGGCUGGCUGUCUCCAGAGAUGAAUUCCUGUGGAGGGAGCUGUUCUACAGAUACUACCGCAUUCCACGCUCUGUACCCCGACAUCCAGCGGCUGUUUCAUGGUGCAGAGAGUUUAAGCGUCUAUUUGACUGUAUACCUUGUGUGGAGGUUCAGACUCUGAGAGAGCACCAUGACCAAGUCCUCCACCUGGCUUUCUCCCACAGGGGCCAUCGUUUUUCCUCUUGCUCCAAAGACUGCACUGUCAAGCUGUGGGACACGGAACGGCCAGAUGGUACCAUUUCAUUGGUGCACAGCUCUAGCAUGCGUAACUUCAACUGGGGCUACACUCAGUUCUCUCAGUUCAACGCCGAUGACAGCCUUCUGUUGGUGUCUGGAGUCUACCUGGGCCCACAUCAAUCCUCAUCUGGAGAAAUCGCUGUCAUCAGCCUUGACAACUACACCCUCUUAUCACGGGUCAGAAACAAACCAUACGAUGUGUUUGGCUGCUGGCUGAAUGAGACACAUCUGAUCUCUGGAAACCUGCACUGGAUAGGCAACAUGACCUCUUGCUCUGUGCUCUGGCUUAAUAAAGCCUUCCAGGACAUUGAAUCAGAGAAUGUUAAUGUUGUCAAGCGCCUCUUCAAGAUACAGAACAUCAAUGCUAGCACCAUCCGCACAGUGAUGGUGGCUCAUUGUCGGCGCCAUGACAACCCAGACUUACUGCUGGACUAUGAGGCUCAGUUGCAGGCCCGGGCUCAGGCCCUCAAUCAGAAGGGGCAGCAGCACCAGCCUUUACUUUUUGAUCUUGGCACCACUGACAGUGAGGAGGAAGAGGAGGAGGAGGAAGAAGAAGAGGAGGAACAUCAGCGAGAGAAGAAGCUGAAUAGCUUCUCUACUGCCCGCCUUCCUCAGCCUACUUCCUCAGGCUUGGAGCAUGUUAUACGGGGUCGUCAGACUGUAGGGCCAAGGGACGUGGCGAUUGAGGCCACGGUGGCCCGGAUGAUGGGCAAUACCCACACAAAGCCCCCUGACCCCAGUCUCACCAAUCCUGCUGCACCAGGAGAGGCAGAAGACAAGACAUAUCUGCUGUUCACUACUGGCAGCCUUACCUACUCUCCUCACCAGAUAGGUAUAAAAAGAAUUAUGCCUUACCAGAUGACCACUUGUGGACCUGUCCUGGGGGAGGAGCGGAGUUCUGAGGAGUUCUUUGAUUCACUGGACCAUGUGAUUGACAUCCAUGGCCACAUCGUUGGAAUGGGCCUUUCUCCAGACCACAGAUACCUUUAUGUAAAUAGCCGGGCUUGGCCAGCAGGAUGCGUGAUCUCUGACCCGAUGUCUCCACCCCCUAUUGCUGAGGAAAUUGAUUUACAUGUCAUCGACCUGAAGAGUCUUAGAGAGGAGAGGAGGAGUCUUCGUGCCCACCGAGCCUUCACACCAAAUGACGAGUGCUUCUUCAUCUUUCUGGAUGUCAGCAGAGACUUUGUUGCCAGUGGUGCAGAGGACAAGCAUGGCUAUAUUUGGGACCGACACUACAAUAUCUGUCUGGCACGUCUGGCGCACGAUGAUGUAGUCAACUCUGUGGCCUUCAGCCCUGCUGACCAGGAACUCCUUUUGUCUGCCAGUGAUGACUCUACAAUUAAGGUGUGGCGUUCGCCUCGCAUGGUUCGCCUUGCGCAGACCCUUACCCAGCCUGCUAGGCCACGCAAUCUCCUUUCUGCCUGGUUGGCCCGCAACAAGAACACUACCACUGCUAACAGAGUCAAUGGAAAACCCUGAGUUGUGUUGGAUAACGGAUAAGAGGGAAGAGAAAAUGAAUAAAGUAUUUUCUGGCCCACUCUGGUGUGAAUGUACAUACACUCCAGGUACAUUUUGUAUAUGGUGUGAGUACAAUACGUUGUUUGAUGGUUUGACCUUGAGCAUACAUUGUUAAGACCCAUAGCAGGGCUUGUGUCUUUGCCCAAUAGGACACAAUAUGAUGUAGUAGAAUUAGACAUGGGGGGGUGUUGUUACAACAGCAAUAUUAAACAGCACAUGGUAGGUUCUCUAUUCCUGUUUGCAAGGGUGACAUAAAAUGUUCUCAUCAUAGAAAUGGCAUAAUGUGGAACGCAAGGUUCUAUUGGUAUUGUUUAUGUAAUGAUGCUCCUAAACAGGUCACUGACAACUAGGGUUUAACCCAACUUCAAGGUCACAGUAUUUUGAAGAGACUGAUGUAAUAUAAAUGCGUUAGAAAGAAUAGGAUUUUAUAAUGAUGGUUGUCAUAUUCUGGUCUAAAAAGGUAAAGUGCAGUAACUGAAGGUUAUUUCAGUGUUUUUUUCUGUUAAAUUUGCAUAACAUUUACAUGAUAUAUUGUUACUUUAAAUUUAUCUCAAUCCCACUUCCAAAUCACCAGAAAUAUUUUCACCCACAAAAGCAGUAAAAGACUGUAGUUACUGAUGUCUCCCUUGGUUUUCCAUUACAUUCUAUUGUUUAGGUGCUCAAGGAACAAUGGAUUAGCUAGAA